GCGGCGUCCAACGGCACAGCCGGCCGGUCGGUGCGGGGCGACACGCUCGUAACUUCGCCCGCUGUAAGCAGCGGCUCGUCGGACGCCGACGCGGCCGCCCUGCUGGCUGUCCAGCCCAUGGCGCACGCGCACUCCACCAACGACCUGCAGUACCCGGCGGCAAACGGGCCGGCGCGCGCCAGCCCCGGCCUCCAGUGGAGCAGUCCGAUGGCGGCCGCACAUCGGACCAGGUCGUUCCCGGCCGGCCUGGCCGGCAGUGUGGAGACGCUUAGCAGCUGCUCAGAGCUGUCGGGAGGCAGCCCGCUCAGUGCCAUCACCGUACAAAAGGCCAGAAGCAGGGGUUAUCUGGUCAACACGACCGGCAGCGCGCUGCUGCUGGGCGCCGACGAGCUUAAUGCCUGCCUGCCCCAGCGCCAGGUCAACGUGCUGGUCGGCACCUGGAAUAUGAACGCCAAGGAGCCGCCCGCCUGCCUGGAUGACCUGGUGCUGCCCGACUCGUUGGCGUUCGUCCCGGACCUGGUGGUACUGGGCACGCAGGAGUCACACGCCGACCACCGCGGUCUGCUGGUGCGCCUGCAGUCCACGCUCGGCCCCAGCCACGUGCUCUUCCACUCGGCCUCGCUCGGCACGCUGCACAUCUGCAUCUUCAUCCGGCGCGACCUCGUCUGGUACUGCUCAGUACCAGAAGAAGCUAAUUUCAGCAUCCGCCAGCCGACGGCGAUCAAAACCAAGGGCUGCGUGGCGGUCGGGUUCCAGUUUUUCGGGACGACAUUCUUGCUUCUGACCUGCCACCUAACGGCGCACCUCGAGAAGCAGAACCAGCGUAUUGACGACGUAAGACGCAUCUGCGCCGCGCUCGACCUGCCUCAGGCGAUCCCCAGCCGGAGCGAGAGCCGCGACGUGACGGAGCGCUACGACAACGUGUUCUGGUUCGGCGACCUCAACUUUCGGCUGAGCCAGAGCCGCCCGCGCGUGAUUGACACCAUCGUCGAGAGCUCCACCUCCAUCCUGCUGUGCGAGCGGCCCAUGUCGGACGCCACCAUACGCAGCCUGCUCGAGUGGGACCAGCUGAACCACGCCAAGCAGAAAGGGCGCGCCUUCGAGGGCUUCAGCGAGGGCGACAUCGCGUUCCUGCCCACCUACAAGUACGACCCGGGCACCAACAACUUCGACACGUCCUCCAAGCAGCGCAUCCCGGCCUACACCGACCGCAUUCUGUUCAAGAGCCGGCGCGACGGUGUGCGGUGCGUCAAGUACGACUCGGUGCACGCCUUCAACACGUCGGACCACAAGCCCGUGUGGGGCCUGUACCAGUGCCAGGUCCGACCCAGCAUGGACAACAUCCCGCUGGCUGCCGGACAGUUCAACCGGGCCGUGUUCCUGGAGGGACUGCGGCGCCGGGCCCGCCAUCUGCCGGUCUCGCGCAGCACCGGAGCCCGACCGUGCAGCGUCCAAUAGCUGUGCGCUCGCCCCGCCAUCUGCCGGUGUGGUCUAGUACUGAGGUCCGACCCUGCAGCGUCCAGUAACCGACCGCUCGCCCCGCCACCUGCGGGUCUCGCGUGGUACUACGCCGAGCCGUGCUGUGUGUGGUAAUGACGGGUCUGACCCGCCAUGUGUCAGCUUCGGGCGGUACGGAGAUCCGACUUUCCACUGCGCCGUGUCCCAGUACUCGUCAGACAAGGCGGAGCCCAGCUCACGGUGAUAGCGUAUGCACUAGCCAGGAUAGUCCUGCAGCUGUUCCGCUCACGAGUCGGUGUCAAGUCCGCGGUGUCGAGUCGUAGUCUAGCCAGAGUCAGUGAUCAGUGGAGCCCAGCUAUGCGCUUUGACCGCUGGUGGUCACGUGGUGUGUCGCGGCCGUGCAUCACCAUGUCACGUCUCACGGAAUCUCGCCGCGGCCAUCACGUGUCCGAGCGCCAAGCGAUCGUGGUGCGGCAGGCUGGCGGCGAACUGCUCAGCACAACUACGGUGUCGGCGCACAGCCCUAGUCGGCUGCUCUAGUCAGCGUCAUGUCGGAACGAUGCUAGUCACUUUUAGUCAUUUUCUACGUGCUCUAUCAGUACAAACCAUCGAUGGGACGCGGCCGUUACUUUCGGCAUUUCGUAAGUUGGACACGGCGAACAAACUUGAGCUUAAUGAUAUCGCUCCGAGGUGUCGUGGAGCCUACAGUUACGUCCGCUGUCUGACGUUUUCAAAGUGACUAUGCAACCCGCGCUUCUUUUGAUCGUGGGGCGCACUGGGGUGGUCGUGAAUGUUGUCUUCGUAUGACAUUAGUUCAGUGUUGUCUUCAGUACGACUCCAGAAAUGGAACGUGCUGUGAGGCCCCGAAGGUUUACGUUAGUGUCGAAGCCCAGUAGCGGCUCGUGUGGGACAGCGGUGUCUCGGGGCCGCUGCUCGUCCGCAGGCACACCUGCCAUAGCUGGCACCGAUUAGUCUUGUGAUACGAAAAUGCCUUGACUUUUGAAAGGGGUGGCGCUCUGGGCCGUGUCUCUCUCCAUCGUCCACUGACCGCGGGUCCGCCCGUGGCCCCGACCCCGGCCCCGUCCCCGUCGGUGAGGUGUGUGCUGGUCAGUACAUGAGGCGCGGCCCAACCCCCUCGUCCGUCCAAACCUGGAAGCUGGCCGGCCGUUAGAGCCUCGUGUUGUCAGGGCCGGGCGGACGUCCUGGCCAAGUUUAGGUACAAAUGCACACGCCUGGUG